AAAUAACGUAUGAUAUGUAAAACUCGAAAGUAUGCCAAAAAGUAUUAGGACGAAAAAGAAUAGUGCCGAAAAAUCCUGGCGACAAGACGCACUGCUACCGUUGAUAGAAAGUGUCACAGUGACCAUGGUGACAACAAUCAACAAUUCGAAUUUUAAAGUGAAAGUUCAGACUAGCAAUGUCAAUAUAUUCAUAUAAAGGAUAUAGGCCUAUGAUCAUUUGAAGAAAAAGGUAAUCUGAUUACGACCUAGACUCUCCACAUCAUGAAUUUAUCGAGUUCCCCAUAUAUCGUACGUCAGUGUUCUGAGUGUCCAGGAGAUGCAGAGUACUAUUGUGAAUCUUGUCCAUCUUAUCUGUGCCGCCAGUGUAAAGAGAAGCAUGUAACAGAUCUCAAGACAAUAGACCAUCAGAUGGUGAAAUACUUUGAACAAUUUAAUUGCAUUCUAACGAACGAAUUGUGUACAAGACAUUCCAGCUACGUAUAUAGCAUGUAUUGUGAACCUUGUGAAGUUCCUGUCUGCUAUCAGUGUUCAGAGCAUAGAACACACCGGUGGAUGGAUCUUCAAAGAGCUUAUAAAACAAAGCAACAACAGCACAGAAGAACCAUUCAAACCAUCAGAAGUGAGGCUCUUUUUUACAGACCUGUUCUCCUGGCAGGAAUCAAAGCUGAUAUCAAGACCUAUCAAAUGGAGUUUUCUCUCAAUCAGUCAUCGAUAUUAACAAAGACCCAGAAACUAAAGAAUCGCAUUGAUAAAAGCUUAAAGAAUGUCGAUUUCAAACACAGAUGUUUAAAACAGAGGUUAGAAGCUUAUAGGUGUAUUUCCAGCCACCAGAGAUUUGAACAGAUGUAUCAACAGUCAGCAUUCAUUCCUCUACAGUUCAUUUUAUCUACAAAGGCAAUCCGCCUCUCCUAUAUACAUCUUACACUCCACACCAUCAAGCUUUUAAUGUCUGGGUCACUCGACAAGGAAGGUGUGACUAAGAUAUUGAAUGCAAUCAAAAUCAAAGAGAGAGGAAAGCGACGCAUAAAAAAUGAUCAGUUGCUGACCCUGAUGUCCGCUCCUGAGGUACAUAAAUCUCUCACAGUGACAAGUGUUGAUAUUUGUGAUCACAUUUCUUGUGUUAAAUCAGACUUGGUUUGGGUCAAACGUUGGAGGAAGCUUAUCCUAACAAAUUAAUACAGCAGGUGAAAGUCUACAUGGUAGGGAUGAUCUAUGUAUUAAUUUACAAUGUGGAGCACAUACAGUGAACAGUGAGAGUGACAUGAUUUACAUAGAUAAUGACUAUAACGUUAACAAACUAUCAAAAAAUAUAAAAACAAUUACCACAUUUAUAAAAUCAACCCCCUCAGUGUUUGGUCCUCGGUGUCUGUACUGCUCCCCGGUCAGUGGCGAUCUGCUUGUAGGCAUGUCAGUUAAGGAGAAUGAUGUUGAACUGAUGGAAUAUGUUGGAAUGAUUGAUAUAUAUAUAACAACAAUAUGCAUUGUUAAAAGUUACAACCAGAACGGUCAACUAAUUCAAACUAUUGAACGUGACGACACAGAUAAACCAUAUGCAUACCUGGGUAUUUAUAACCAUCCUGAUUAUAUAACUGAAAAUAACAAUGGGGAUGUUGUGGUUUCUUACUUUGGUUCUGAAUACGGUUCUGUUUUGGUGAUAGAUCGUGGAGGAAAACAUCGUUUCUCUUACACAGGCCCUCCAUCAGGAUCUGGACGAUUAGGUCCGCUUGGAGUCUGUAUUGACGCGCUGUCACACAUUCUGGUCUGUGAUGGCAUAACUAAUACAGUACAGUUGUUAGACUGUGACGGUCAGUUUCUUUCACAUCUUCUGAUAAGACCACCGGGGAUAUUCUCACCAUGUAGCCUGAGUUAUGAUGUCAACACCCACCGUCUCUGGGUUGGAUCCGAGAGAAACAACAAAGUAUGUGUUUUUAGAUAUAUAGCCCGAAAGGACACUCUGGCGGACCAAGAUAAACGCCCAGAUGUGAUGGAUUCAAUAGGUCAAAUCCCAGCCAUUAAGACACAAGGAAAUGAGUGUCUGCUGAAACUGGUGUAUCCCUUUGAGUUACUGGAAAAAAAGAUUUUGCCUGAUGAUCUUUAUCGUUGUACUCACAUUUCCCUUUUGACUUCAAGCCGGGCCUGGGUCGGUGACGGGUCAGACAAUCUUUACUUAAUGAGCAUAACAGGUAAAAUUUUAUAUCGCAUAAUCAAUUUGCUUUAUGGAAGCUCAGGAUCACAUACGGUUAACGGCGAGUGUGAACUUAUUUAUAUAGACACUGACUAUAACAUCAAUACACUAACAAAAGAUAUGAGAACAUGCUCUGUAUUCAUUAAGAAAAUAAAAGACUCUAUAUGGGAACCACGGUGUGUGUUCUGCUCUCCGUCCACUGGGGAUCUACUGGUUGGGAUGUAUUCUAACGAUCUAGACAUAGGCAAGGUAACCCGGUACAACCAGAGUGGACAAUUGACACAAACCAUACAACAUGACAGCACAGGACUGGAACUAUAUUGCAAACCAAGCUUUAUAACAGAGAACAGCAAUGGGGAUGUCGUGGUGUCAGACCAUGAGUCAUCAUUCCAUAACUCUGAGUCUGGUGCUGUAGUCGUGACAGAGCGUUGUGGAAAGUAUCGUUUCUCGUAUACAGGACAUCCACCAGGAUCAGGAAUACAGCCAAGAGGAAUCUGUACCGACGCGCUAUCAAACAUUCUGGUGUGUGACGACAGAACCCAAGAACUACAUAUUUUAAACAGUGACGGUCAGUUUCUGUCCCGCCAUCAGCCACCAUCAUCGCAUUUGCAACUACACAGCGUUUGUUACGAUGCCGAUACCUACUGUCUUUGGGUUUGCUUCGACAGGAAGAUUUUUGUCUAUAAAUAUAUAUCGCUGCAGGACUCACAAACAGGUUGUGGAGGUUCGGAGGAAAAGUCACUGAAGAAAGAACAUAGAAUAAGUGAUGCUGAUUUAAACUGUGCCUGGUCCCACGUGGAAUCAGAUCAAGAAAUGUGACUGUUUAAAUUAUGAAUGUAAAAUCAAUAUAUAUGGUUUCCAUAAUUUACUCUUUCACUUAAAAUUUAUCUGUGUAACAUGUGUGUUUAUACAUAAUUAUGCAAUGCGUGAUUGGUUUAUAUGUUUAUUUACCGGUAUAAUGCAUUUACUGUUCAGUCGAGAAUGCUAGCAGAUUUUAUAAACAAACUUGAUUUUUUUCCUUCUCAUUCAUUUUCAUGCAAGCAACCAUUUUGAAUGAAAAAAGGUAGUUGAACAUGAUAUUGCAUAAAUGUAAAGAAAGUAUAUUUUUGUUACAAAUAUCCUUUAAUAAACUAGUAUAUCGAAUUAAAGACGACAAGAAAAGAAUUGUUUCGUAAUAUUUACAUCUACACAACUAGUACUUAAACCUUUAUAGCAUUAUAUAAAUACAACGAUACAUCUUACUAAAUUCAACCUUCAUUCUGGUCAACGAGAGUUUAACCAAUGUAGACUGAAUGUUUGAUAUGUUUGAUUGUUGUUUUCUGAGAAAUAAAUUUA